CGAAUUGAGACAGGAGCGAGUCGCAAUCAGUUAUUACAGCAAUUACACAGUCGUGAGCAGGACACGACAGGAAUUUAGGAGCGAGGGAAAGAAAGGAAGGGAGAGAGUGAGAGAGAGAGAGAGAGAGAGAGAGAGAGGGACAUGGAGGGAAAGAGUAAAAGUGAGAGAGGGAUGCCUCUUAUAAAGCCAAGUCCUGUCUCUAAGGGGAGAAUUUGCGAGCAGCGAGGCCAGGCUUUGGGUCAGAAUCAGAGGCCCGGUGAGCCAAUGACUGUACUAAUAAUUCUCCUUAAUGGUGUAUGAAUGUCCAGGGGACGCUGGCUGUUGAAGUUAUUCAUCCUGCAGAAUCACUAUCACAUCUGAUUCCUGUGAGCAUGUGUACGACAACAAAGCAAACACGUGGACAAGACGCUGAGACUCCUCUCUCUCAAACCGUCAAUUAGUUUGCAAACGCCCGCGGAAAAGGAAUUGAAUCUAGGAAUCUUGGCAUGUCUUGCUCAGAUGACGUCUGCCACACCUCCUUCCUCUCGUAGCUCCUCCCCCCAGAAGGUUUGCCACUCCCAGACACAGACUGAUGUUUUAAAACCCUUACUGGGUGGCAUUACCGGUGGGGGCGGGACUCUGAGAAAGAGGAGGCGUGUUCUCUCCAAGGAUGGACGAAGCAACAUACGAAUCGAGCAUGUCAGUGGGCGGGGCGCGCUCUACAUGCGGGACCUCUGGACAACAUUUGUGGACAUGCAGUGGCGCUACAAGUUCUUCUUGUUCACCGCGACAUUUGCAGGGACGUGGUUCCUGUUCGGAGUGCUUUGGUACCUGAUGGCGCUGGUGCACGGAGACCUCCUGGAGUUUGACCCUCCCUCAAACCACACCCCCUGUGUGAUGCAGAUGCAAACCUUGACUGGAGCCUUCCUCUUCUCCCUGGAGUCCCAGACGACCAUUGGCUAUGGUUUUCGCUGCAUCACUGAAGAAUGCCCGGCUGCCAUUGUCCUCCUCAUUAUCCAGCUGGUCAUCACCAUGCUGAUGGAGAUCUUCAUCACUGGCACCUUCCUGGCCAAGGUGGCUCGGCCAAAAAAGCGAGGAGAGACGGUAAAGUUUAGCCAACAUGCGGUGGUGUCGACCCUUGAAGGUCGACCGUGCCUGAUGAUCAGAGUGGCCAACAUGCGUAAGAGUCUUCUCAUUGGGUGUCAGGUGAAUGGAAAACUGCUCCAGACAUCUCUGACCAAAGAAGGCGAGACAGUUCGUUUGGACCAGAGAAAUGUCUCGUUCCAAGUGGACACGGCCAGUGACAGUCCCUUCCUCAUCCUGCCCCUCACCUUCUAUCAUGUCAUAGAUGAUGACAGCCCUCUGCGGGCCUGGGCAGCCAAGGGUGGAGGCUGGACAGAUCCAGAACUGGCUGAUUUUGAGUUGCUAGUGAUAAUGAGCGCUACAGUGGAGCCAACCUCUGCCACCUGCCAGGUCCGCACCUCCUACUUGCCUGACGAGAUUCUCUGGGGCUAUGAGUUCCCCCCUGUAGUCUCCCUUUCCCCAUCAGGUAAAUAUGUAGCAGACUUUGCCUUCUUCGACAAAGUGGCCAAGACCAAGACCAUGCCUAUUUUCAAACCAUCCAGCCCCCAGCACAACCACCAGAGCAACGGGGGUGGGAGUGUGUCUGAGGUGACCGAUUCAGAGAAGAUUCGUCUGGAGCAGAGCUACAAAGAGAGGGGAGGGGAUGACCGCGGCCGGGUCAGAGACACUCCACUCAGUGUUCGCAUCAGCAACGUGUGAACAUGGGAGCAUUUCACACAGGGCAAGAAGUUCAGUGUCAACAGCAAAAACAUCACAUUUGAUGUUGUGAGAGUGGGUGGCUGUUUGUCUCUAUGUGUCCCUGUGAUGGACUGACGACCUGUCCAGGGCGUACCCUGCCUUUCGUCUUAUGCCUGCUGGGAUUGGCACGAGCGUCCCCUGCUGGAAUAACAUACUACCUAACUACUAUUUACAUUUGAAUGUGAGAUUUAAAAAAGACACACAAGCAUUUGAGAGGAUGUUGAGAGGAUGUUGGACUGUUUGGGUAUUACCCCUAGAUCAGUAAUGCAAAAACUGAAAAUGUGAGUUUCGGGGUUGGGUGGGUGUCGUGUUUCCCCUCAACACUUAGGAUUUUUUCUUAUAUUUCCCAUUUGCUAAAAAAAACAACUGACUGCCUGAGUUUCAACACAAAUGUGUGUAUCAUACAUGGCAUUACAUGAACACUAAAGCACUUGAGAUUAAUCUAUGUUACAUACGUGUAGCACUAAAGUUGAAAAUGAAAAUGCAAGUGUACUUAACUGUGGUUUGAGGUAGUCUCUAUGCUGUGUCGCUAUAUUGGCACGAGUGCAACUGUCACUGCUGUUGCAAAAACAGAAUGUUAGCACUUUAUGUACAUUAUGUACAAUUGCACCUUAGAAAGGUUAGCUGUUUGGGAUCUAACCUUAGGGGAGAUGUGAUCUUUUUUUAAGCACUAAUAAAAGCACCUACAUGUUAAAUGUCAAUUUAUUAUUAUUUACAACAGAUAGUUGUUGUUGUUUUUUGUUGACCCAUGUGCUUAAAUCAUCACAGACACUUACUGUACAUGCAUGGAUUUGCUGUAAAUGAUUAAGAGCUUUCUUUGUGGAAGAGGAGAUGUGGUUUUCUAACACUGAAAAUAAUCACAGGCAUUCUGUUGAAAAAAAACCCUCUUUCCAUUUUCCAUCUAGACAAUGAGAAGGUGGUAAGGACUUGUGAGAUCAUGAAACCAUAGGUGAGUUAUGAGGGACGUGAAAGUGAUGUUUCAAAAUCUCUAAUGGUUUUGAUGAAAAUGAGCAGUGACAGUAAUGUUUAAACAAAAAUGAACAUGGCGGCUCUGAAUAUGUCGUGGAGUGUUUUUUUUAAGUGCAGCUGGAGGGAUCAAGUGAUACUAUUCUCUUUAACAAAUGUCAAAUAAAGUGUAUAAAGAUGACAGUGAGUUAUUCUGGUACAUUCUUGAAUGUCUUCCACUAAAAACUUUUUGGAAAAGUUUCUUAUUUGUCAUGACCAAAAAGUUAGUCAUCUUAUUGCCACAAAAUAAACGCACAAGGAGAUUCUUCUCACUCUAUGUUGUGUUUCUGUUUAGUUUCUGUUUUUUUUUUUUUUACAUUUAACACAUGCUCUGCAUAUCCACUCCAUUACUGAACAUACCCCAUGUCCACAUAGCAUCUCUGUUGUAGGCUCAUCUGUAAAUAAAGUUAAUUUUAAGUAUA